AUGGUUUGGUGUAUUACCAAAUUACGUCCGUAUUUGUAUGGACGUGAGUUUACUCUCAUAACAGAUCAUCACCCGUUAUGUUGGUUGAAUAAACAAUCAUCGAAGAAUGGUCGCCUCGAUCGAUGGUCAUUACAACUACAAGAAUAUUCUUUCGAUAUAAAGCAUACACCAGGAUCGUUGAAUUGUGUGGCUGAUUGCCUGUCUAGAUAUCCCAUUCAACAACUAGAUGAAAUUGUCGAAGAUCAGUUAGAUGUGUUGCAUGGUCCGAGUAACAACAUCAAUAUGAUUGUCGAUCUAUCCUUCGAUGCAACUCGAAUACGUGAACAACAAAUAAAAGAUAACAAAAUCAAACAAAUAUACGAGCAUCUGUCAAGUGGAAAACAGCGUCCCCCUUUUGUGUUAGAAGACGAACUAGUCCAUAAGGUAGUUCAUCGACCCGGUGGAUUAAUCCUAAAACUACCCUAUGUUCCGACGUCAAUGAUCAACCAACUGUUACAAGCUUAUCAUGCCAGUCCAACAAGUGGUCAUUUAGGUAUUAAUAAAACAUGGCAUGAGAUUCCUGAUCGAUACUUCUGA